ACUGGCUCGGCCAGUCCCCAAUCGGACUCGUCCUCUCCCUCCUCCCGUCCCCGACCCGACCUCAAUCAAACCGGGGCCGCGUCCCCUCCCGUCCCACCGCCGAACCCUAGCCACCUCCUCCCCGUCGACCUCCGCCUCGCCUCGCCUCGCUCCCGUCCGGCUGGAUUGUGAGGCUUUUGAUUUUAAACAAUACGGUUCUCUCUGGGUGAACCAAGAUGUCUGGAAAUGAUGAUAAGUCUCAGGCUGCUGAAAAAAUAAAGGCAGCCGCAUUAUCAGCUGCCAAGGGACUGAGCAGAGCUCAAGCUGAACGUGCUGCUGCCGCCGCUGCCCGCAAUGUCAAUGCUUAUGGGCAGAAGGAAGAGGGACCAAGCCGCUGGCAGGAGAGGAAGGAAGCUAAGAGACAGAUGUAUCUGAUGAGUACAGAGAAGGCUGCAAAACUGGGUACUGUGAAACUGAAAACUUCAGAAACUUCUUCUCUUGGUGCAUAUACCCAAUGUCAGAAGUGUUUCCAGCAUGGGCACUGGACAUACGAGUGCAAAAAUGAGCGGGUGUACGUUUCGCGCCCCUCAAGAACGCAGCAGCUUAAGAAUCCCAAGCUGAAGAAAAAUGUGUCGGUUUCUUCUCAUUUUGAGAACCCUGAUCUUGUAAAGGAAAGGGAGGAGGAGAGGAAGUUGGUGAAAGAGAAGUUGAAGAAGGAAAAGUCUGAAAGGAAAAAGGGAAAGAGCAAGAGAAAACACCGUUCGCGGAGUGAUUCAGAUCGAGACAGUAGCGAUGCUUCAGUCUUUGACUCCGACUCUGAAUCAUCUGUGACGGGCUCUGAAGAUUCUUCCGGAAGCAGCUCGAGUUACAGUUCCUCGGACUCUGAGGACAGGAAGCGGCGAUACAGAAGGAAGCAGAAGAAGAGAAGGCACAGGAGGGACAGCACAUCAUCGGCGUCAUCCGAAUCUGAAUCUGAAUCUGUGUCGGACAGUGAUUCCGAUGACAAGGGAAGCCGGAGGAAGAGCAAAAGACGGGGUGGCAGGCGCUGAGUUUGGAGAACUGGAGAAGGCAAUGUGGAUGCUGAAUAUGAUGAUAUAGUUUAGUUCGCAUGUGAGUUUCUUCUCAUCAUAAUCAGGGCUGCAUGUGCCAGGCGUCCUCCAAGAAACAAAUGUUAGCAGUUGCUUUCUUGAAUGGUAGUUAUGAUUUCUUUUUCGUGUACUAAGAAAUACUCGAAGCUCUAGCUUUUCCUAUUCUAUGAUCUUUGUGAGAAUCAUUGGUACUGUAACAAUAUUCACCUAUGAAUUUCUAAGUUUGGUGUAUCUUCUUGAAUGUUUUCUGUAAUAAUCUGAUCUUGGCUCA